CCUUCCUUCUAACCUCCCAAAAACCCUUUCCUCCGGCCUCUCCAGGAGGGCGAGAAUCCAUUAGAAAAAAGCCAUGGAACUCGCUCCUCAACCCAGCUAUCCCGACUCAGUCGACUCGUCCCCGCACUCAAUCAACACCGAUUCCUGGGACGAGCCCAACUCCUUCAACCUCCUGCCCUCCGCUAAAAUACGCCUGAUGUGCAGCUACGGCGGCCACAUCGUACCGCGCCCGCACGACAAAUCCCUCUGCUAUCUCGGCGGCCAUACCCGCAUCAUAUCCUUCGAUCGCACCACAACCAAUCUCUCCUGUCUCUCUUCCACUCUCUCCUCCUCUCUCCUCCAAACCCGCCCUUUUACCCUCAAAUACCAGCUCCCAAACGAAGAUCUCGAUUCCCUCAUCUCGAUCUCCACCGACGAAGAUCUCGAUAACAUGAUCGACGAGUACGAUCGAGCCACAACCGCUUCAUCUGGUGUGCCCAACAGGCCUACCCGCGUCCGUCUCUUCAUCUUCCCUUCCAAGCCCGAUUCGGUAUCUGCCCCGUCUUCGAUCGGGUCCGACACCAAGUCCGAGUCGUGGUUCGUUGACGCGCUGAACGGCGCUGAUGUCUCCGUGACCCGAGGGAUGUCUGCGGAUGUGAAUUCUCUGCUGGGGCUUGAUGUGAGCGGAGAUGUCGAUCGGAACGUUGGAAAGAACGGGACAGCGGCUGCGCCGGAUGUUCAGUCCGUGCCCGAUUCGCCGCUCGUCGAGAACACGCCGUCGUUAUUCGGGUCCGGGUCAUCCGCACCGUCGGUUUCUAGGUUCGGCGCUGAUGAUGGCUUGGGCCGGUUUCCCGACAUGCCGAUCGGGUUGGAAGAGCAAUUCGCCCGGAUGGGCAUCGGAGUCGGUGUUGGGAAUAAGCAAGGUGAGGGUUUUCUUCCUCAUUCCGGUUUUUCGCCUAAGCAGGCAGCGGCGGGGGGGAUUUCUCCGUCGGAAGCUGAGAGGGUAGAACAGGGAUCGCCGGCAGCGAGGAAUCUGAAAUCGCCACCAGUGACGCCGAUCCAUUCACAGCAGAAAGAGAGUACUCUGGAUUUUCCAACAGAGACAUUUGGGAGGGAAAGCAAUCCAGGAGCUGUUGUUUCUCGCCCAAAGCCCCAGUUUUAUCAAGAUCCUCCGGCGGGUGGCCCCAUUCAAGACAGGGUUUCUGCAUCUGCGACAGUGAAUCCUGUUACCGAUCCAAGACGGGAAUUUUCCAAUCGGAAUUAUCAAAUUCCAGUUCAAUUUCAGGACCCAGGUUUUAUGUCAUCACCACAGCAAGAGCAGCAACAACAGCAGCAACAGCAGCAGCAGCAGCAACAAUUCUUCCAUGCGAUGGGUCCCCAGUACAUUCAGCAUCCUGCAACGGGGCAGCUGGUGCCCAUCUCUUCCUACUACCAGAUGCAUUCGAUGCAGCAAAACCCGCAGCAGCAGCAGCAGCAGAUCGAUCAGCAGUACUCGAUGUACUACAUGCCUGUCAGACAGAACCAAGCAUACAAUCUAGCCUUUCAGUCGAAUUUGGGUGACGCCCAUUCAAUCCAUUCCCGCAAGCCGGCCGGCCAGUUCUCUAAUCCUGCAACCAUCCCCACUGCAUCCGUCUAUCCACCAAGACCCGAACCGCCUCAAAGAACAGCUGCUGGUGCUAGCCAACAGCUCAUACAUGAUCAAUACCAGCAGCAUCAGCAGCUUCAGCAUCAGCAGCAGCAGUACAUGGGCUAUCAACAGCUGCACAAUCCGCCACCACCAUCGCAGGUUGCUGCAUCUAAUUUCAUGUAUGAAUUCGCAGACCCGUCGCUCUCCCAAAUGUACUAUAAUCAGCCAGCGGCAGCUGCCAUGGCUCAAUAUCAGACCGUCAAUUCAGAGACUUUGAGGCCACCACAGCUUGCUGAAGCUAAGCAGAGCGGAACAUCACAGCUGCUGUAAAUGCAAUUUUGGAGUUGGAGGUGUUUGGGCUACAAUCAUCUUGGUAUGUUUACAUGAGGAAUGCUAUAAUGCAGCUCCCUCCUCACAGUACAUGUGACAAACAUGUUGGAGACCGGGACCGUUGAUCAGGUGGGCCACUGAUGGGCUGUUGGGCGAAUUUAGCUGUGGUUGGAGGACUCUGACCAUCCAGCUUUAGUGGUUCGUAGUGAAAAGUCGGUCUGUUUUGAUCUAACCGUUCUUUGUGCAGGUCACUGAUCAGAUGGUUACGGCAGACCGAUCCCCUUCUUCUUGGGGAUAUGGCCUGUGUAGCCGGUGGCCCACAGGAUCAAUGGUCCCGAUGGAAACACGUAUGACACAUGUCAAUAUGAGGAGGGAGACGAAUCGUACUUCUGUGAGGUGCUUUGUAUUAUAGUCGCAUUCCUCUAAUUGGCAUAGCAUUUUCUUGUGUUUGGGUUAUUGUAUUGUAUUGUAUUUGCUUUUUGUGAUAGAAAUAAAGUUCUUCUUUUCGUCUUGUA